AUGGCGGCCCUCUGUAGGAUCAGACACCGGUGGAAACGGAUUCAAUAUUUACACGUUUUCACAAGAAACCUCGCGGGGAAGUGCGACUAUGACUUGGUGGUUAUUGGUGGUGGAUCUGGAGGCCUGGCUUGCUCCAAAGAAGCGGCUCAGCUGGGACUGAAGGUCGCUGUUCUGGAUUAUGUGGAGCCAUCUGCUAAAGGUACCCGGUGGGGUCUUGGCGGUACAUGUGUCAACGUCGGCUGCAUCCCUAAGAAGCUCAUGCAUCAGGCUGCCCUCCUUGGCGCUGCAGUCAAAGAUGCUCAGAAGUACGGCUGGCAGAUAGCAGGGACAGUCUGCCAUGACUGGACCACCAUGGCAGAGGCUGUCCAGAAUCAUGUCAAGUCUUUAAACUGGGGUCACAGAGUCCAGCUGCAGGACAAGAAGGUGAAAUAUCUGAACCUGAAAGGCAGUUUGCUGGAUGAACACACAGUAAGAGGAGUGAGCAAAGCAGGAAAAGAGACGAUCCUGACGGCCAAGAAUAUUGUAAUCGCCACAGGUGGACGGCCCAAGUAUCCAACAAAUGUCCCUGGAGCGGUGGAGCACGGCAUCACCAGUGACGACAUAUUCUGGCUCCAGAAGUCUCCUGGAAAAACACUUGUGGUUGGAGCCAGCUAUGUAGCUCUUGAGUGUGCCGGCUUCCUCACAGGCAUCGGUUUGGACACCACAUUGAUGGUUCGCAGCAUUGCCCUCCGGGGUUUCGAUCGGCAAAUGGCAGGUCUUGUGACAGAUUACAUGGAGGCUUACGGGACCAAGUUUGCCUGGAACUCCAUCCCUAAAAGAGUGGACAAGCUGUCUUCAGGAGUCCUGCAGGUGACAUGGACCAACACUGAGAUGGGCUGCGAGCACAAAGACACCUACGACUCUGUGUUAUGGGCAGUGGGUAGAGCUCCUGAGAGCAAAGCUCUGGGCCUCAACAAAGUUGGCGUGCAGCUCGACGAGGCGACGCAGAAAAUAGUUGUAGGCGCUGACGAGUCGACGUCAGUGCCAAACAUCUUUGCUUUCGGUGACAUCAGUGAGGGUCGUCCUGAGUUGACCCCGACGGCCAUUAAAGCUGGAAAGCUCCUCGCCCGCAGGCUGGCUGGUCAAAGCGCCGAGCUCAUGAACUAUGACAACGUGGCCACCACCGUGUUCACCCCCCUGGAGUACGGCUGCGUUGGUCUGUCUGAGGAGGAGGCUGAGAGGAGGCACGGAGAAGACCAAAUAGAGGUGUACCAUGCUUUCUACAGGCCUCUAGAAUUCACUGUAGCAGAGCGUGAUGCCAGCCAGUGCUACAUAAAGGUGAUAUGUGAGCGAGGUGGCGAUCAGAAGAUCUUGGGUCUGCACCUUACUGGUCCAAACGCUGGAGAAGUCAUGCAGGGCUUCUCUCUGGGCUUACAGUGUGGAGCCACUUAUCAUCAGCUGCUGCAGACUGUAGGAAUCCACCCGACCUGCGCUGAGGAGGUGGUGAAGGUCCACAUCACAAAGCGCUCUGGUUUAGAGCCCACAGUCACCGGCUGCUGAGGUUAAACACUUC